UUCCUACUUCGAAGAUAGAGUUCAUCUGAAGAAAGGGUUAUAAUUGAGGAAACUUGAAAACCGCAUUCAAACGAGUGACGAUUAAGAGCGAACAUUUCAAUUGUUUCAAUCAAUACAACAUGAAAGUGGCAUUGAUAUUAUAUAUCUUUGUUGCAUCAACUGUACGUCGAAUAGGAGGCAAUAUAGUUGACAUCAAAGAAGUGUCAUAUAUUGCACUGAUAUCAGCUUCAAAUGAUCAAAGAGAAAAAUUGGUUUGCGGUGGAUCCAUCAUUACAAAACAGUUUAUAUUGACAUCCGGAUAUUGUGCAGUUGCUUGUGAUGAAGAUCAUAUGAGUGAGGUUUAUAUUGGAACGGUAAACGCUGAUGCGGGCGGUACAAAAAUUGGUAUUGGACAUUAUAUAUACCAUGAAACAUGGAAAAAAUAUAAAAAUAAACCGGGUGGCGUUAUGACAAUAUCUCAGUCGGAGUUUUCCAAUAAUGUCGUUGAUUUGGGUCUUUUACGAACAAAAGAUCAGAUUCAACUAUCGGAUACCAUUCAACCAAUUAGACUACCAAUAGACUAUUUUAGCCAUGGUACAGUCAUAGUAACUGGAGUGGGAAUUAAAAAAGUUUUGGAAAUUGGAGAGGCAGUCGCAUAUAUAGAAAAAUCCCGCGUUAACCAUAUCAGCAUUAAAUCAAACCGAGUAUUGCAUUGCGUUGAUUAUGGAUUUCCAAUGAUUUCUGGUGAAUAUGUAGUUGGAGUAAGCUCAUUUCACACUAAAGAGUGUGAUAAAGGUAAGCAGCUUUUAAGAGAGACAAUAUGAGAUUUAUUCUGUAUAUUGAAGAUUUAAUGUGUCAUCUGAUAAUCUGUAGACAACAAGAGGAGCCAUGUGGAUGUCUAUUCAUAUAUAGAUUGGAUCCAAAGCAAUAUGAAUAGAACCGAUUGGUAGUUUCUGUUGGUGGCAUCAAACAGUUAUUUGUUUGAAAUUUGGAGGAAUAAAUGUAUAUUUUUCGACAUCAAAAUAAAGAAAACAAUUUGAUCCUUGAAAAAAAGAAUGGA